AUGUCUCUAGCAGACGCAAAGGAUGGCGGGUUGCCUGUAAAUCAGAGCAGGCCCGAAACUUUUAUCAGUCCGUCACAGCGGAAGCUUUAUGAUUCCGGUGUGACCUUUGAGGAAUAUGUGCAUUACGCCAAUCGCACCAGGGAAGAGGAGAAAGCUCAGCAAAACAUUGGCGAUGGAGGGAUCAUGCAGCAAGUCUUCAGGAGGAAGUCCUCUGUGACAGCGGCGACAGGAGUGCCACUCGACAACGACAGCAACGGUGCCGAUACUGCAGAAAAGGAGAAUGGCGAAAAAUCCGUGGUGCCUGGGACGGCGAACGGGCACGACGGCCAGGAGACUGGUGACCAGCCUCAUCGCCGCCGAAGCCUUUUUUCCCGACACAGUGUGGUCUCCGAAGAAGAGUGGCGAAAUGCGUCCCGCGCUUUGAGGACUGCCAGCUGGGGAGCCGGCUUCUACCUCAUCACGACAGAUAUCCUGGGCCCCUAUGGUGUCGGCUUUGCCCUGGGGACUUUGGGUUGGGGUCCCGGUGUCGCUCUGUACACGGUCUUCGCCUUCAUGGCCGGAUACUCUGGCUAUCUUCUCUGGCACGUCUAUCUCGGCCUCGACUCGUACGAGUAUCCUCUCCGGAACUACGGUGAUCUGGCUUACCGCACCAUGGGAACCACUGCCCGCUAUGUGGUCAAUAUUCUGCAAUCGAUCCAACUACUCCUCAUCACAGGCCAAGUCAUCAUCCAGAACGGCCAGGGGAUCUCGCAGACGUCCAAGUUUAGGUUGUGCUACGUCGUGUGCGUCGUCUUGUUCGUCAUCGCGGGCUUCUUCAUGGGCCAGGUGCGCACCCUGCGCAACUUUGGCGUCUUCUCCAUGAUCGCCGUGGGGCUCAACUUGCUGGUGAUCUUCAUCUCCAUGGGCGUCAUGGCUCACUCGCCUCCCAACUAUGGCAUCAGCGUUCUUGGGUCUGCUGGCUCGGCGGUCAAUGCCGCGACCAUUACCCCGGACAAGAACGGCGUCUACCCGCCCAUCAUCCACUAUGGUGGCCUCCCGGACUCGAGCAAUUUCGUCGGCGCCAUCAACGGCCUCAUGAGCGGUGUCUUCGCGUAUGGUGGCGCACAGCUCUUCAUCGAAAUCAUGGCCGAGAUGCGUCGUCCCUGGGACUUUAUCAAAGCCAUGUGGUCGGCGCAAUUCUUCAUUUAUGCCGUCUACCUCAUCUAUGGCUGCUAUGUCUACCAUUAUCAAGGCCAGUACAGUUUCACCAUUGCCUACAUGGGCCUUUCUCCCUACGGAUUCCAGGCCGCGUGCGAUAUGCUGGUCGUGCUGUCCGGUUUGAUUGCCGCAGGACUGUACGGGAAUAUUGGGAUCAAGGUGCUAUAUAAUCAAGUGCUGCAGGAGUUGUUCAAUGCGCCGCCCUUGACGUCCAAGGCAGGGAAGUACCUCUUUAGUGCAAUUGUUCCAGUUUACUGGUCUGUGGCUUUUGUCGUCGCAGCUGCAAUUCCCGAUUACUUCGGCUUUGUCUCCGUCAUUGCAGCAUUCUGUAUUGUGCAGUUCAGCUACUCCUUCCCACCCAUCAUCCACCUUGCCUAUACGAUGCAGAGGAAUUCGAUGAGGCCCGGUGAAGGGUUCGACGAACACACCCGUCAGACCACUCGCAGUGAUCGUGGUAUCAUGAGGUUGGUCAAGGGAUUCUUCGCGGGUAGAUGGUACAUCAAUGUGUGGCAUGUUAUCCAUGCUGGCGGCGCGUUGGCCACGGCUGGAUUGGGUGCGUACGCGGCCAUUCAGGGCAUGAUUGAUGCAUUCAAGAAUCCUCAGGUCAAUUCGUUUACAUGUACGAGUCCGCUGGAUUUGUCGGCCGCUUGA